AUGGGUGCCGAGGCCGAGCGUCUGAUCCAGCGGGCCAUCAGCGAGCAGCCCAACAUCCUCACCAUCACCGUCAGCGUCCCGCAGCGCGCCUGCGGUCGCAUCAUCGGACGGAACGGCGACACGAUCCGUGAGAUGUGCGCCGUGUCCGGCGCCAAGAUCAUCGUCGACAAGGACUUCAAGACGUCGACAGAUGGCAUGCGAGCGGUCACCAUCAAAGGCACCGAGGACCAGCUGGCCACUGCCAAACAAAUGCUGCAGGAGAAGGUGGAGGAGGAGGAAGCUAUGCGCCGCAGGAUUGACCUAUCCGCCUCCAAUCGUGCGCCGCGGCACAAGAAUAAGCUCACGGACGCCACCAAAGGGCAGGAUGGCGCCGAGCCGGUGCCCACGCGCGAGAGUCUGGUGGCCACCGGGUCCGAUGGCUACCUCGAGGUGUACGUGUCGGCUGUCGACACCCCCGGCCACUUCUGGGUGCAGGUGAAGUCGCCACGCGCGAUCGAGCUCGACAAGCUGGUGGAGCGGAUGACGGCGCUCUACUCAGAGGAGAGUAACCGGGAGAUGUACAAGCUGAAGAAGGUGUCGGUAGGGGAUGUGAUCGCGGCGCCGUUCCCGUACGACAAGUCGUGGUACCGGGCCGAGGUGGCCGAGGUGGCUGAAAGUGAGGCCGACCCCGCCGACGCCGCCCUCACCGUCUACUACGUCGACUUCGGCGACACGGACACGGUGAAGCGACGCGACGCUGCCGAGCUGCGAACCGACUUUCUCGGCCUCAGCCACCAGGCCGUCGAGUGCUUCCUCGCCGGCGUGAAGCCCUCGGACUGCGCUUGGACGGACGCGGCCGGCGACUGUUUCGAGGAGCUGUCGUACGCGGCCCAGUGGAAGUCGAUCAUGGCCAAGGUGCUGCGGUACCAGCAGGCCGGCAGCCACAAGGUGCCUGUGGUGGAGCUUGUCGACACCAACUCGCCAAUGGACGUGGACAUCGCCAAGGAGCUGGUGAAGCGGGGCCACGCCGUCUGGCGGCGGCGGCGCGGCGGCUGCGGCAGUGGGCGCGUGGUGAUGGUUACCUAG